AUGUAUCAAUAUACUAUUAUUAUAGAUGGUUUAAUUGGGAGCAACUCAAUUACCGAAAUAAAAUGUCCUUAUUCGGUAAAAGACAGUGACACUUUGGAGCAAGCUUUACAAGAAAAAAAGCUCCCAUACAUAAGUGAAAAAAACGGUGUGUAUCAAUUAAGGAAAGACCAUCACUAUUAUUUUCAAAUACAGGGCCAAAUGCACAUCACAGAACGUCAUAAAUGUUAUUUUUUUAUUUAUACACCGGAAUGGACACAUUUAGAAAUUAUUCAUUAUGAUGACGUUUUUUGGAGUAAAACUAUGGAGAAAAAAUUAAAAUUAUUUUACGAAGAAUGUUUACUUCGGGAAAUUAUCGACCCUCAAUAUUAUAAAAGAUUGAUGAAAAUCUCUGUGUUGUGCCACGAUUACGUUGUGCCAGGAUUACGUUACAACAGGAUUACUAUUACGGCAGGAUUCGUUAAGGUAUCUGCUAUGCUGGGGAUGCAUUUUGAGUGCAUAACAUUAGCAUUCAGUGUUGGUGAGGUAGAGUUGUCCAGAAAACGGUACUCGGUGCAGGAAUAUGGGUCCGAAAUACCACGUUUAGCCACUAUCACAAUUCCAAUUCGUUUACCAGGCGACCUAAAACAAUUGGGUGGUAUAGAAUAA